AUGCAAAAACACAAAGCCCCAAACGCAUGCAUGCAGCAGCAGCAGCAGCAGCAGCGGGAAACCGGCAGCAGCAGCGGCAGCAGCAGCGGCAAGCAACAGAGGCAGCAAGUCGCUGCAGCAGCAGGGGAAACUGCAGAGGGCAGCAGCAAGAAGCAGCAGCAGCAGCAGCAGCAGCAGCAGACGGGAGCAGCAACAGCAGCAAACGCAGCACACGUACACAGGAAGCUCUGCGCGGGGGCCUCAUUUUCAGCAGCAGCAGCUGCUGCUGCAACAGGCUCUGGCAUUUCCAGAAGGCUAUCUCAGACAGCAGCAGCAGCAGCAACAGCAGCAGCAGCUGUCCAUGCAAGGAGACACUUUCCCUUGUGUCCUGUCUUUGCCGGCAGCAGCAGUAGCAGCAGCAGCAGCGUAAGCGCGAGCAGCUGCAGCAGCAGCAGCAGCAGCAGGAGAGACGGCGGCGGCUGUCUGCCGCUGCAGCAAGAGCUCAGCUGGAGUGCAGCAAACUUGGAGAAAACUUCAGCUGCACCCGCAGCAGCAACAGAUUUUGCUGCAACACCAGCAACAGCAGCAGCAAAAGCACCAGCAGCAGCAGAUCCGGCAACAACAGCAGCAACAACAGAAGCAGCAACAACAUCACCAACAGCAGCAACAGCAGCAGCAACAGCAACAGCAAAAGCAGCAACAGAAGCAGCAAAAAUAGCAACAGCAGCGGCAGAUUUGGCAACAACAGCAACGAUAGCAACAGCAGCAACAGCAGCAACAGCAGCAACAGCAGCAGCAAAGGCGGCAGCAGCAGAAGCAGAAUGGGCAUCGCCUCUGCCGAUACCUAGCAGCGGAAGCAGCAGCAACAGCAGUAGGCGCGUCAACAGCAGCGACAACAGCAGCAGCAGCAGCAACAGCAUCAACAGCAGCAGCAGCAGCAGCAGCAGCAAAAGUGUGUGCUGCAGGCAGCAGCUUGCUGCUGCUGUUGCUGCUCUUGAUGCUGCGCUGCAGCCGCCGCAGCAGCAGCACGAGCUGAAGCGAGUGCUGCUUCGACUGGUGAAGGGUAGUGACAUCGACACUUGUUUGGUUUUGCCGGGAGUUUUGAACAAAGCAGAACAAAUCACAAAACUCAAAGUUGCGAAGUAUUUGGUGGAGAGGUUUUCAAUUGGGUCCGCAGAAAUCAUUCCAGCACAAGUCCCCAUUGCAAAGGUAUGGGGUUUAAAUGGAGGUUUACUGCUGGAUUUGUCUUUGUCGAACAAAGUGGCUUUAAUGAAUUCUUCUUUUUCUUUUGUCUUUUGCAAAACCGACAAAAGAAUCCAAACCCUCGGCACUCUUCUCAAGCGCUGGGGCAGCAGCAGAGGCAUCAAUAACAGAAGCAUCGAGCUUCCGGAGGCUUCUUCAGAGAGUCCCCAAACAGCAGCAGCAGCAGCAGCAGCAGCAGCAGCAGCAGCAGCAGGCAGCAGCUCUAGGCCCGCUGGGGAUCGAUUUGGAGGAGACGAUCCCAGACGUUUGCCUUUUGCUUCCGACAGCGACUGGAUCGUAAAGAAUGUGAUGAGUAAAUAUGACAAAAACACAGAGACAGUUGAGGAGCUGCUGAUCGGGUUCUUCCAUUUUUAUGGCCACGCGCUGCCGCAGCUGCAAACUGAUGCUGCUAUCAUUUUGGACCCUUAUGAUGCUUCGCUGCAUGUGGGGCAGCAGCAGCUUGACCCCCGGCUGCUGCAUGCAGCAGCAGCAAGUGGAGCAGCAGCAGCAGCAGCAGCAGCAGCAACUGCAGCAGCAGAGACCCACCCUUUCCCCACCCCGCGGGGGCCCCCAGGGGGCCCCCCAAGCCUGCACGCAGCAGGCGAAAGAAAGUUUCCUAUCCCUCGCAGCGCAGCCCUCGACGUGGCUGCUGCUGCUGCUGCCAGCAGCAGCAGCAGCAGCAGCAGCAGCAGCAAUAUGUGGCUAAUGAGGUGCCCCUUGUCCCGCUGCAUUGUCAACCGUUUCAGCCCCUCUGCGGGGACCCUCAUUGUCUCUGAGUUUGCCCGCGCCCAUGUGCUGCUGCAGCAGCAGCAGCAGCAACAACAACAGCAGCAGCAGCAGCGGCAGCAGCAGGAUCCUCUGUCUCUGCUGUGCGAGCCCGUCACAGUCAGCCACCGGGAACGGAUAAAAACAGAGACGUUUCGCUACAGAAGACUUGCUGCUGCUCUCGCCAGGGCCCAGGGCUUGCUGCCUCCCCCCGUCCACCUCCAGCAGCAGCAGUAG